UAAUUGGUAUAUUUUGCAGCUUCCUGCUGCCUGUUGUUGCUUUGUCGCGUUGUUGUUGCUGCCUGCGCCGACUGAAUUGUGAGCAGGUCGCGAAUUUUGAAAUCGCUCCAUUCACGCUGCUCGCAAACUGGGGGGAAAAAACAGAGAAAUAAAAAAAAAACCAUAACACAUACAUAUCUACAUAUAUGUAUAUUCCUAACGUGCAUGCCAAAUAACGAAUCUCGAUCAAGUGUUCGUUUGGAUACGAGGCUCUACCAAGAUGAGCGCCAAUAGCAACAACAACUUAUGCGAGGACAUCUCAUUGUUCAAGUCCUAUAUAGAUUAUUUUGAUGUGCUGCCGUUGGAGCUUAAGAACGACAUCAUCUACUGCCAGCGAGCAAUGCGCGACUUUCUCAAAGUGCACGGGCUGGUGUCCGAUGUGUUCAAGGAGCAGGCCGAUGCGGAUCCGGUGCAGAUGCGGCGCAUCCUCGACGAGCUCGAGGCGGAAGUAUACGAGAUAAAUGCUGAGCAACAAUGGCUGAUGCGGCGCCUGGACAAGCAGCUAGAUUCACUAUACAAGAAGCUGGAGGAAAGCAAUAUACGAAUUUUACCUGAGAUAGGCAGCGAGUACAUCUCCAGCCUGAUCGUGCCUUUCAUUGGCGAUGCCAACUACAAAAUCUAUCCAAAAUCUGUGCUGUGUCGCGACACCGAAGAGAUGCUUAUACGCAAGCAUUUCCUCAUCUCGCACGACGACGACGGCGGCAUUGAGCCGCUCAAGCUCAGCGAACUGGAUGACAAUGUGCCGCUGUUGCUGGUGAAUGCACUGACUGCCACGCCCACUGCCAACAUCGCUGCCCCGGACAUUGUCCAAGCCUCGACCAGCAGCGGAGCGCAGAUGCUGGUUGAUAAGAAGGAUUUGGGCGCCAACAUAAUGAGGGCUUCGUCAUCGUUAACGCCAGCGCCAGCGGAGCUCCAGCCUGAGUUGUUCAAAAAGGACGAUCCGCGUUCGCUGCUGAUACCGCGUAACGGCCAAACAUCCGUUGAACAGCCGGAGAAGUUCACUGAGUCAACGUCUUCAUUGACGACACCACCGCCACCGCCACCUCCGCCCCCGCCGCCACCGCUCGUGGCCGUCAAGCAGCGGGCGUCCCGAGCAGAUGCCAAGCAGGCAAACAAAACGAGAUCACCGCCGCCGCUGGCGCCCAUCACCAAGCCGCCAAUCAGCACUGACUUCGAGGUUGUUGCCCAGAGUAGAAUGAAUUUGCGCCAGGCGCUGCGUCGCGCUCGCAAGACCAAACAACAACCGCGCCAGAUCGACGAGGAGGAUGUCGUUGUGCUGCCUGUCGACAAGGUGCAGACGGAGAGCACCCCGCCACCCAGCGUCACGCCGCCCAAAGCGAAGGCGGCCAAAGCGAUCGAAGUUAUUGCUAUCCCAGCUGUCCCGGCCACAGCACACACAACGAACAAGAAGUCAGCGCCAUCGGUGUCCAGCAAACAGUAUAAGACGCGCAAUGCGCACGGGGUUGGACGUAAACCGACGUCGAAUCCACCAGCAUCGCAAGUGGCUGCGCAGCAGGCGGCAGCAGCAGCAGCAACAGCAGCAGCAGCAGCAACGGCAGCAACAGCUGCAGCUACAGCAACAGCAGCAACUGCAGCUGCCACAACUGUGGGCUCGUCCGGCUCCUCUGAUGAUUCGAAUCACGAGCUGGAGCUGGAGCAACAGCGUCUGUGCGCUUCGGCGGCACAAUGGCGCGAUGAGCCGCGCGAGACACGUGUUCUGCCCUCGGAAUACGGGCGGGAGAAUUUCCUUGGCCUAUUCGGGCUCUACACCCACGAGACAAUCAAGAAACUGUGCCAGCGCCACUCGAAGCGUAAACGUCGAACCGUUCAGAAUGCCAGCGGCGUUGUCUUUCACUAUGGUCAGCAGCUGGCCGCCUUCGAUACAGUGCGCCAGAAGAAACUCAAGGAUAAGCCGGAGUUUCUGCUGUCGCCCAAGGAUAAGCGACUUCAGGCCAAAAAGGCCCACAAGGCCAACGCGACAGCCGCGGCGGCUCGGAAGAGUAAGAGUAAUACGCCUGAAAAGCUGGAAGACGCGGGCAACAGUCAGCCGGACGGCGGCAAACAGAAAUGUAAGGAAUGCAAGAAACGCGGUGGUAAGUCCAGAUCUCCAAAUAAGGACGUCCUAUAUGCUCAAAAUCUGCAGAGCUGUCAGAGUUGUCAUGGGGUUUAUCAUAUGGACUGUCAUGGGGAUGCCAAAGGAAAGCCGCAGACAAGCAAUCGCUGUCCGCAGUGCUUGCGUGACUGGAACUUGGGCAGGGUAAAGGGAGCGGCUUCGUCCUAGUGCUAAGAUUUGUUGUUUUUGCUCCACUGUGAGAAUUCUGGCCUUUUGUUGUACAAUGUAACCUGACCGUUGAAUCCUUAAAUAUGUUUGUACAUAUAUUAUAUAUAUACAUAUAU